AUGGAAUUCUUCGAGAAUCAAGUCGGCGAGGUGCGAUACUUGACUACUCUGGGCGAGGCCCCUGCUUCGGUGCCCCCGGUGUCCCCCGGCUCUCAACAACACAACAGUAGUAGCAGCGUUACAACCACCACCGGUGCUAAGAGGAAGAAUAGCAUAGAUGAAUCGCCUGGUUCGAAAGGUCAGGCACAGCAGAGGAGCAAGAGAAAUAGAUAUAUCUCUAUCGCUUGCAACGAGUGCAAGCGACGCAAGAUCAAAUGCAAUGGCGAGACACCAUGUCAAAGAUGCGGAAAUCUCAACCUCCAAUGCCUAUACACGCCCAAUUGCUGCUCGGGUUCGUUUAAAGACUCGGAUGAGUUCAAGCAGAUGACCAAUAAGGUCAACCAACUACAAGAGCAGGUCGACGCGCUAUUCGCGAACAUGAAUGCCCUUAGAUCAGAGGCAUUCCGACUAGCCCCCAUUCAAGAUCGAGCGCCGACUUUGCCAUCCGCUUCGAGUACACCUUCAGCCUCUUCGAUCCCUUCCAUCACGCCUAUUCACAAACCAUCCGACUUGCCUCAAACUCGACAGCCCGGCUUCCGCGGACCGACGAGCACGCGAUUCAACCUGGAUGUUGCUAAGAAUACAUUACACAAAAUGGGUUAUAGCAAUUCACCCGAUGUUGGCGAGUUCGAUAGCCUCGGUCAAGAUAGCCCCGCGCCGUCUCCAAACUUGACAGCUCAGGUGGCUAGUACUCCUGGAGGCCCAUCUCGGGAUCCGUUGUGGGAGUUUGAUAAGGACGAAUUGGUGCGAUUAUGCCGUGUGCAUGAUGAAGAAGUUGGCAUCAUGUAUCCUGUGGUUAAAAUCGAGUCAGUCAUCCGGCAUGCGCGGACUCUAUCUUCGUGGAUGGAGGCGGCUAGGAAGAAUUUCAUGGUCGCUUGGUCUGGAGAGGAGGGCGGUAUCAAAGAUCGUAAUACCUUACUGCUCAAGCUCGUCAUCUGUUGUGCUAUGCAGGUUGAGGAGCACGGAAACAGCGAGAAAGCCCAUAGGCUCUUUCUCAGCGCUCGACCGACGACGGAUAGAAUGUUAAUGUCCGAUCCGAGUGAUGUGAAGAAUAUGCCAAUACUAGCUCUUGUGGCCGGUUAUUAUUUCCUCGCUAAUGACGAAAUCCUCGCAUGGCGUACUAUGGGACAGGUAGCUCGUCUAUGUUUCGAGCUUGGGCUUCACCGUCGUGAUGCGAUCGAACGAAUCAGCGAUGAAGAGGAACGCAGUAACGCAAUCAACACGUUUUGGGCAGCUUAUGUAUUAGACCAUCGAUGGGCUUUUGGUACUGGCUUACCAUUUACAGUCCCAGACGAUGAAAUUGACCCUCGGUUACCAUACCCCGAUUCACAUCCUUAUCUAGUCGCUAUGAUUAACUACUCAAAGCUCAGCGCAAGCGUAUGGCGACUCGUACGAAGUUUUGAGCCUAGCACAGAAUCAGACGUACAACCAGGUGCCAUCGAAGAACUUGAUUGUCGAAUAAAGGAAUGGUAUACCAAAGUGCCCCGAGAAACACAGCUUGAAUUGACAGAUUGGGAGGCAUUGCCUAGAUAUCUAAAUCCCCCGGUAAACUCACAGAAGGAAUAUGAUAUCCAGCGGUUACAGAUAUGGACUUACCUCCGCUUUAAUCAGAUUCGAACAUGGCUAUAUACCCCUAUUUUGCAUACUCAAAGCAGCAUCAUGGAGAAUAUAGAAUUCGCCGAGCGUGCCGUCAAACUGGCCAAAAAUACAAUCUGCUACUUGACGCACUUGAACAAUACUACGAAUAUAUAUAGGAAGAUCCAGGUAUUCUACCAUCAAUUUCUGUUAGCCGCGAUUGCGGUACUCUUCCUAGCAUCAUGUCACGCCCCAGUUAACUUCAGCGACUCUUGUCGCAACGAGUUUUAUAUGGCUCUCGAGCUAGUAAAGGACUUAUCAUCUAAAUCAUGGGUGUCGCAACGGCUUUGGAGCACUAUCAAGUCGCUUCGAGAGGUCGCCCCUCAUCUCGGGUUGGCGCAGGAUCCUCACUCUACGGCGGCUCUGACGAUGGCCGGACUGGCUACCGGUCAGAUGGGCGCCCCUCCAACUCUAGCUUCCGCCUACGGUUCGCAACCUUCGCCGGUAUUAGGGGUGUCCUCGUCGUUCGGCGGCGUACAAAACGGACACCAAAUCUCAAGCGAGAUGUCUCGAAUAUUCGAAGGAUAUAUGGGGAAGAGUACUAACUCGAACGACCCGCCGACCCCGGCUGGACCGCUACCUGUUAACGGGGGUGUCACAAUGCCUUAUGAGAUAGGUAGUAGUGUAUAUGAACACUUUAAGGACAUGUUUUAG